UGAUUGGUUUCUUCUUAUCUUGUGCAGUGCUUGACUCACAGGGUUAUACAGCAACAAUUUCCAAGCUCCACUUUUCAGCUUGGAACAGGUUCUGGAGCUGGGAGACGUUCCUCUGGCCGCUGGAGCAGAGCUCCCACCAUGUCUGGGAAGAGGUCCAGGUGCUCCUUCUCCCGCCUGGAGGUGAUCCUCAUCGUCUGCCUGGCGCUGAUGAUCACGCUGACCGUGGUGCUCCUCACCCUCCACUUCCUCAACAAACAGAGCGAUGGCAAGUUGAGCUGCUUCAGUCCCACCCUCACACGCUGCUCCACAAACUACUUGCUGGGCGUGGGUCGAGCUGACUGCACGGGACCAGUGGCACAAGUUCCCCUGAUGGGCUAUGCCAACCCGGAGCAGGUGGCUGGUGGGCUCCUCACACGCCUCUACAGCCGAGCCUUCAUCGUGGCAGACCCCGAGGACUCCCGACGGGUGGUGUUCGUCAGCGCAGACAUAGGAAUGAUGUCCCAGAGGGUGAGGCUGGAGGUGCUGGAGAGACUGAAGAGCAAGUACGGUGACCUGUACCGGCAGGACAACGUCAUCCUCAGCGGCACCCACACGCACUCGGGGCCAGGGGGGUACUUCCAGUACACCCUCUUCUGGAUCACCAGCAAAGGGCUCAUCAGGCCAUCCCUCAACUCGAUCGUGAAUGGCAUCGUGAAGAGCAUAGACAUAGCACAUGAGAACAUGAAGAGAGGAAGGCUUUUCAUAAACAGAGGCACUGUAGAAAACAGCCAGAUCAACCGCAGCCCUUUCUCCUAUCUCGCCAACCCAGCAGCCGAGCGAAGCAGGUAUUCAUCCAACACAGAUAAAGAAAUGGUGAUUCUGAAGAUGGUAGAUGAGGAUGGAGAAGAUCUAGGCCUUAUCAGCUGGUUUGCUGUGCACCCUGUCAGCAUGAACAACACAAACCACCUGGUGAACAGCGACAACGUGGGCUACGCGUCCUACCUGUUCGAGCAGAACAAGAACAAGGGAAUGCUCCCUGGAGAGGGCUCUUUCGUGGCCGCCUUCGCCUCCUCCAACCUGGGAGACGUGUCGCCCAACACCCGAGGCCCGACCUGCGCCAACACGGGCGAGUCGUGCGACAACCCCCAGAGCUCCUGCCCCGUCGGAGGGGCAGCCAUGUGCAUGGCCCAGGGCCCCGGGAGUGAUAUGUUUGAGAGCACAAGGAUUAUAGGGCAAAAUAUCUACUCAAAAGCAAAGGAGCUGUAUGAAAAGGCUUCCCAGGAGGUCACGGGGCCCCUGAGCUCGGCCCACCAGUGGGUGAACAUGAGUGACGUGUCGGUGGAGCUCAAUGCCACGCACACGGUUAAAACAUGUAAGCCAGCCCUAGGACACAGCUUUGCUGCAGGGACCAUCGAUGGCGUGGGCGCUUUCAACUUCACACAAGGCGCAGUAGAAGGUGACCCGUUUUGGGAUCAAAUCCGGGACCAGCUGCUGGGAGAGCCAUCAAAUGAAACAAAAGCCUGCCACAAACCCAAGCCAAUCCUCUUCAGCACGGGAGAGAUGACCCGGCCCCACCCGUGGCACCCGGACGUGGUGGACGUGCAGGUCGCUGCCAUCGGGUCGCUGGCAAUCGUGGCUGUGCCCGGAGAGUUCACGACCAUGUCUGGCCGCAGGCUGAGGGAAGCUGUCAGAAGUGAAUUUGAUUCCCAUGGGACACCAAGGAUGAAUGUGGUAAUUGCAGGCCUGUGCAAUGUCUACACCCACUACAUCACCACCUAUGAAGAAUACCAGGUUCAACGAUAUGAGGCUGCAUCGACUAUUUAUGGGCCACACACCCUCUCUGCCUACAUCCAGCUCUACAGAGGACUUGCAAGGGCUAUUGCCACGAACACCACCCAGGACUUGCCCCGUGGUCCAGAGCCCCCAUUUUUCAGCAUCGGCAACCUGACCCUGCUGCCCUCCCUCGGUGCCGAGCGCGCGCCGACCAACAAGACCUUUGGGGAUGUGCUAGAAGAAGUGAGACAACAGUAUCGAGUGGGAGAAGUUGCUGAAGUGACUUUUGUGGGAGCAAACCCCCGGAACUCCGCGGAGAACGCGACUGAACACAACUUCCUGACGGUGGAGAGGCACAGCAACACUUCAGGCACCUGGCAGGUGGUGCAGAACGACGCCUCCUGGGACACCAGGUUUUACUGGACCAAAGGAUCCCUGAGUCAGAGCAAUGUGACCAUCGAGUGGCACAUCCCUGGUGGCACAGAGCCGGGAACGUACCGGAUCCGCUACUUCGGGCACUACAAAAAGAGAGUGUUCCUCACCCGCACCAUCACUGUUCCCUUUGAAGGCUCCUCCUCAGCCUUUGAAAUCACAACUCCAUAGGUGAUCUCAGCCAUUAAAGGAAUUGUUUCCCUUGAGCAGUAGGUUUGAUAUCUGGGGGGUUCUGUGCAGGGCCAGGAGUUGGACUUGGAUGAUCCUCGUGGGUCCCUUCAAGCUCAGGAUAUUGUGUGAUUUUGUGAUGUUCUGGAAGGGUUUUUUUUGUGGCACACGUGGCUCUGUACAUCACUGCUGUCCCUUGAGUGCUGCUGGUCGUCCUUUGCUUUGCAAAGCUCAGCUUCCUGCAAAGUUUUGGCUUUUAGCUGCAGUUCAGUCUCCUUGUGUGUUCUCAUUCAAGCAGUUCCUGUCCUGGCCAGAUCUCAUUGCAGUUGAUUCCUAUUGUAAUAAAAGAUGUAACUUUUUCUUCA